UUCAGGACAGAGGGAGAGAGAGAGCGAGAACGAGAGCGAGAGAGAGAGAGGGUACUGAAAUAGAGAGAAAUUGCAACGGAGAGAAAGUGGGGGGACCGCGUAAAGAUUGUAUAUUGUCUGCCAUUUGUGCAGGCCAAUGAAAAAUAACAAGUAAUAUAAAAGUCAAGCGUUCGAGCGACCGACAGAGGAGAUUAUUGCACUGUUAUUCUACAGAGGAAUAUAAAAAUGUCGUCUCCAAGUCCGGGUAAAAGGCGAAUGGACACCGACGUGGUGAAACUUAUCGAAAGUAAACAUGAAGUCACCAUCCUGAGUGGACUCAACGAGUUCGUAGUGAAGUUUUACGGACCGCAAGGAACACCGUACGAAGGGGGGGUGUGGAAGGUCCGAGUAGACCUGCCGGACAAAUACCCCUUCAAGUCUCCGUCUAUAGGGUUCAUGAAUAAAAUUUUUCAUCCGAACAUCGACGAAGCGUCAGGAACCGUGUGUCUAGAUGUAAUCAACCAGACAUGGACUGCGUUGUACGAUCUUACCAAUAUUUUUGAGUCGUUCCUGCCCCAGCUGCUGGCGUACCCCAAUCCCAUAGACCCCCUGAACGGAGACGCGGCGGCCAUGUACCUCCAUCGACCCGAGGAGUACAAACAGAAAAUUAAAGAGUACAUCCAGAAAUAUGCAACAGAGGAGGCGCUGAAGGAGCAGGAGGAGGGGGCCGGAGAGUCCUCAUCGGAGAGCUCCAUGUCGGAUUUUUCAGAAGACGAAGCUCAGGAUAUGGAGUUGUAGUACAUAGAGUCACCCCUUAACCACAGAGACUAUGUGAUUUCCUAACCAUGAGAAGCAGACUUAUAAUAUUCAUAUUUAAACAGGGCGGAUUUUGUUUUUCUGUUUUUUUUUUUUUUUUUAUUACUAAAAAAACGAAACAAAACGAAACAAAAAAAAAAAAGAAAAGAAAAACAAGGAUUUUUAUGGAUAUAGCGUUGGUGUAUAUCUCACCCACUUAGAUGUUCUCCAUCUCUUGGUCAUUUCUCUCCUCCCCCCCCCCUCCCCUUCGAGGCACAUCGCAUUCCCACAUUCCACUGGUAGCUGCAUAGCUCGAAUGCAUGUGACCCCUCUCCCUGGGCCUACCUUACUCACGUGUGACUAAACCUCUCGAACAAAAUGGAGUCCGUUCCUGUCAGGGGGGCGGAGAGGAAGACCAUCGUUUCACCUUGUGACCUGUGCACCAUGGAACCGUUGGGGGUGCGGCUGGAGCUUUCUCACCCCCCCUAAAAACCCUCUUUUAAAGUUUUUUGUUCCCCCUCCCCCCCCCCUCUCUAUUAAAUUUUUUUGGUGACAAAAGAAAGUAAAAUGCGGUCUGGCGCUCUCACUGCUGGUUGCUGCCCACUCCGCGUUGGCCCGUGUCCGGUGUUGUUUUUUGGGUGGCGCGCUGUCUGGUUUCCGCUGGUUUUCUGUGGAUUGUCAGUUACCAAAACGGGCGAUGGAGAUUUGAGCGCUUUCUCCGCGUCGGAAUCCCGUUUUUGGCCCCUUCCUCUGGAUUCGAACUGCCAAACCCGCCGCCUUUCCGCACGGACCGCCCGCGUGUCCCGUUCUAGCCGUCGGAGACUGGCAGGCGUUUGUGGAACCGUUAAAGAGGAUGUUGUUUCUGAAUAUCUGGACCUGCUGAUGCUCACAGGAGGGUAGUUUUCCAAACGUGAUCUCGCUGUAGACGGUGGUCUUCCAGCCUGAGGAUUCCCGCCUGGAGGUGGCACACGCGUGCCGAUUGGCUGUGAGCGGCCUUCUGUCCGCGUUCCUCCCCCCCGGUUCCUCCCCCCGGUUCCUCUCCCCGGUUCCUCUCCCCUUCCUCUCCCCUUCCUCUGAGCUUUGACGCUCGUAGGGUUUCACCUCCCCGAAAUGAGUGUCCACAACCUUGGCGUUCCGUCGCCGUGACGACCAGCAGCCCGCAGGACGAGCUGCGCUGCGGAGUGUCCAAUAGCGCACGUGACUGCGCGGUUUCCCCCGCCCCCCCGUCUCUGUUCCGCCGUUUUAUUGGCCGCUUGAUAAUGACAUCACAAAGAGGUGCGGCAGAGACAGCCCUGUCCAUAUCCAUAAAGCACAAUUUACAUUUUUUUUAAUGACAUUUUGUUUCAUAAAAAUAGAAAUUUAAAAAGUCUGCCUGUACCCCCCCCCCCACACCUUCCUUUUAUAUCCCAGUCAGUUUGCAGAAAACCUUUUUUCUUUUUCUUUCUUCAGAACAUCCUUUUGUACAAUGUGGCAUGAUACAGAAGUGAAGUUGUGUAGGGCUUUGUUGAGCUAAUAUGAUUAUAUUUCAGAGACGCCCUGGCUUGUGUGGCUUCUCUGUCGGGGCUAGAGGUGCAUAUGUAACGCCUGUCGUUUUACUGGGUUCCUCUUCGCUAGAGGGUGGGACCCGCGGUGGGGGAAUCUUUGCAGGUCCUUGUAAAACUUGUCGAACUUCUCAACUUGCCUAUCGCUUGUGCUAAACUAUAUAAAUAGGUGUUUGACUUACGUAGGGAUAGUUAGUUUGCUGGGUGGUGAAUUCAGUUUAAAAAGUAUGGUUUUAUUACUUCUAGAAAUAGCUUUGUUUGAGCUAACGGGGAAAAAAGGUGUUUGAUUUGAGUUAGUCUAUUCUGUGGAUUAAAACGAUAUUCCAAAGACGUAUACAUCCCUGCUCAUCCCUUUAUGCAAAUUCAGCCGAUUUGUACAGGUCAGCCGAUCUCUUGAGUUCUCAAAGGUUGUGUUUUAUUUUUAUUUUGGGCCACAGAUUAACAGAGAAUUGUGUUAUAAGGAUUAUAGCAUAACGACAGUGCAUAAGAUCGUCUUCAUGCUGACGCGGCGAUUGAAGGCUUAACCUGUGCUACGUGAUCAAUGCCACUGAGGGAUAAAGGAUUAACCUUGUUUUGUUUUUUUCUUUUUUCUUUUCUUUUCAGUAUUCUCUCGAGGUCCGGCCGUUAAAGGUAGCUGGCUUAUCCAGCCUCGGCCUCAGAUUUUCGGAUCAGAACCAGGUGGACCCGUUGAGCAAUGCCAAGCCGAACGGCCCGGUCCUGUUUGCUGAAACGGAGCUAGCAGAUUUAGGCACUGUUACUAGGUCUGUUCAGUGGGUCCGGGUCGUCGACCCCAAGCUGUCUGUCUAUUCAUGGUAGGAAAAGGGGCUAUUUUAACAAAUUAAAAAAAAGAAUCUAAUAUUUAAUGGACACCGUUGUUAUAAGACGGGUAUUGGUGGUUCAUCUAUAUUGUACCGUACGAGUACACUUGAAUUAUUACUUUUUUAAAGUUUUUUUUUUUUCUUUUCUUUGCAGGUUUUUAUAUCUUUAUUUCUUCUAAAUUUAUGCAGUAUUGUAUUCGAGUGGAAAAACUUUAAAAUAAUUAAAACUGCGGCUGUGUGUUAACAUGCGUGUGUUCAUUCAUGGGAAGGCACAUGCAGUGCGAGGGGGAGGCGGUCUCGCGCAGGAGAGAGAGAGGGAGACCCAGGCGCUGGGGUGUCUCUUUUUCCUUUUCUUUUCGGCUGUAUGGGUGAAGCUUGUCGACCUGCAAACACCAGGGCCCCACGGAAAUGAGCCAGAAUGGCCGCCCUCCUCUCAACCACACUCUUGUCGCUAUGGCAGCGGCACACUGCAACAACAAUGUGGGACAAUCUGUGUAGGCCAUCAGAAAAAAUGAAGUCAGUGGUUUUAUGUUGUGUUCCCUACCACCCCCCCCCCCCCCCCCCCCGCCCGCCCCUCCUUCCCAAACCACACUGACACGAGGAAUAUUUAUAACCUUUUUCACUUUUGUUUGUUUGUUUUUAACCCUCAUGUCAAGGAAUAAAUGACCAGGCACCCAAAAUAUUCUGAAGGAAAUUUAAAAUAAAUGUGCUUCCCUUGUAACUUUAAUAAAGUAAUAUUAAAAAACUGAAAAAAAAUUACAUUUUCUUCUGUUUCAGGAUUUUUCUUCAUACCUACAAAAAAUAAAUGGUAACAACAGGCUUUUCUACCAGAGGGUGUGACCCAGUUUGUGUCCCCAUCAAGUAUUACAAGGCGAUGGGUGCAACUAUGAGUGUGACCUCCGUAUUCUAACACACACGCACACACACACUCGCACAAAGUCCGGCACAGCAGUGUACAGUUCAGCCUAGCGGCUGUGGCUGGUUGCCUCUAGUCUCUUAGCAACGGGAAGAGAAAUUUCCGUCUUCCGCCAGCAGCCCCGGAGCGUGCGGCUUCGCGUGGCUGUUCGGUCGGUGCAAGUGCAUGCGGAGGCGAGCCGAACCGAACCGGGGCUGCCGCCAUCUUCUGUCCGUUUUGUUUUUCGCUUCUUUUACCGUCAGGCGUGCAGUUUUGGACACGGCAAUAGCGACGUUUCGAUAGCAGUCUUUAUUCGGUUCUUUGUGUGUUUGUGUGAUAUUUGAGAAAUUAAAAGGGCGGUUUGAGUCCGUCCUGAGUUUAUUUCUCGCCCCCUUCUCUCUCUUGUCUUCACCCUCCCACACUUACUCUUCCCCCGUUUCUUUGCCCCCCCUCCCUCCCUCCCCAUUUCUUUGCAUUGUGAUUAUGUAGUGGGCAUGAGUGUCGAAAUGACAAAUGCCCUCUAUCUAUAGGAUUAUAACCUCUUAAAUAGUUGUGUACAAAUAAACUGUAAUAACUUCUUUUUUAAUAAAAAGCAUUAUAUGUGUACAAAA